AUGUCUUCCUUCGCCGCUCGCUCUGCUCUCCGCGCUGCUGCUCGUCGCGCACCUCGCGCAAACGUCUUCAGCAAGGCUGCGCAGACGGCUUCCUACUCCCUUCUGGCCCGCAAUGCGGUCUCUACCGCGUCGAAAAGGUCGGCACCCGUGGCUACCCGCGGUAUGAAGACCCUCGACUUUGCUGGCACCAAGGAGGUCGUGUACGAGCGAAGCGACUGGCCGCUUCCCAAGCUCCAGGACUACUUCAAGAAUGACACCCUAGCCCUCAUCGGCUACGGUUCCCAGGGCCAUGGUCAGGGUCUCAACGCCCGUGACAACGGCCUCAAAGUCACUGUCGGUGUCCGAGAGGGUGGCGAGUCAUGGAAGCAGGCCAUGGAAGACGGCUGGGUCCCCGGCGAAACCCUCUUCCCCAUUGAGGAGGCCAUCAACCGCGGUACUAUCGUCAUGAACCUGCUCUCCGACGCUGCCCAGUCGCAAACAUGGCCCACCGUCGCACCGCUCAUCACGAAGGGCAAGACACUCUACUUCUCGCACGGCUUCUCUGUUGUGUACAAGGACGACACACACGUCAUUCCCCCUACUGAUGUCGAUGUGAUCCUCGUCGCGCCCAAGGGCUCCGGCCGCACUGUCCGCACGCUCUUCAAGGAGGGCCGCGGUAUCAACUCCAGCAUUGCCGUCUGGCAGGACGUCACCGGCAAGGCGACGGAGAAGGCCGUCGCGAUCGGUGUUGCGAUCGGCUCUGGCUACAUGUACGAAACGACGUUCGAGAAGGAGGUCUACUCUGACCUCUACGGCGAGCGUGGUGUGCUCAUGGGCGCGAUCCAGGGCCUGUUCUGUGCGCAAUACAAGGUGCUCCGUGCGAACGGGCACUCGCCGUCAGAGGCCUUCAACGAGACGGUCGAGGAGGCGACGCAGUCGCUGUACCCCCUGAUCGGGCAGCACGGCAUGGACUACAUGUACAACGCGUGCUCGACGACCGCGCGGCGCGGCGCGCUCGACUGGGCGAAGGUGUUCGAGGAGACGAACUUGCCCGUGUUUGAGCGCCUGUACCAGAGCGUGCGGGACGGCUCCGAGACGCGCCGCAGCCUCGAGUUCAACGGGAGCGCGACAUACCGCCAGGACCUCGCGAAGGAGCUCAAGGAGAUCGACGAGCAGGAGAUCUGGAGGGCCGGCAAGGUCGUGCGCUCCCUCCGCCCGGACAACCUGUCGUAAGCUUCCUUGCCUACUCUCACAUGGAUUGCCCUCGGCUGUUCAACACCCGCCAAAAUUGCCUCAGCGCUGCUGACAUCUUGCUUGAUCCGCUGUGCACAUGCUGCAUGUUUUGUCCCGAUCAUCAUGGCUUGACGCCGAUAAAAAGGAAGAUGUACCGCCAGUUAUAUACUACGAUAAUUCAUUUUGCUUGUGCU